AAUAAAAUGAUUAGAAGAUUUACAAGUUUAUUAUCCGAUUCCAAAUUUUAAUAUGCUCCUAACUAUUUCUUUAGAACUUCAAAUAAUUUAUUAAAUAAAAAAUUGAGCACAGGCGAAGCUUCAGUAGUUCUUGCCGAAAAAAUUAAAGGAAUAGCAUAACAAAAUGAUAUCACAGAAUAUGGUACAGUUAUAUCUAUUGGUGAUGGUAUUGCAAGAGUAUUUGGUUUAACAAAAGUACAAGCUGGAGAGAUGGUUGAAUUUAAAAGUGGUGUGAGAGGUAUGGCACUUAACUUAGAAACUGACAAUGUAGGUAUUGUGGUUUUGGGUAAUGAUAGAGAAAUAAAAGAAGGUGAUGUUGUCAAAAGAACUGGAGCAAUUGUAGAUGUACCAAUAGGUGAAGCUAUGUGUGGAAGAGUACUUGACGCAUUAGGUAAUCCUAUUGACGGUGCUGGCCCUAUUAAAGGCUCUGAAAGAGCAAGAGUUGAAGUUAAAGCACCUGGUAUUAUUCCUAGAUAAUCUGUUAACGAACCUAUGCAAACAGGUAUUAAAUGUGUAGAUUCUUUAGUACCUAUCGGAAGAGGAUAGAGAGAACUUAUUAUUGGUGAUAGAUAAACUGGUAAAACAGCUGUUGCAAUUGAUACUAUUUUGAAUUAAAAGGAAGCAUUUAAUACUGGAGAUGUUAACAAAUAAUUAUAUUGCAUUUAUGUUGCUAUUGGUCAAAAACGUUCAACAGUUGCUAACUUGGUUGGAACCUUAAAAUAACACGACUGUAUGAAAUUUACUAUUGUAAUUUGCGCUACUGCUUCUGAUGCUGCUCCCUUACAAUUUUUGGCACCAUAUUCAGGUUGCGCAAUCGGUGAAUAUUUCAGAGAUAAUGGUAAACAUGCUUUAAUUAUAUAUGAUGAUUUAUCGAAAUAAGCUGUCGCUUACAGACAAAUGUCUCUUCUUUUAAGAAGACCCCCUGGUAGAGAAGCAUAUCCUGGUGAUGUUUUUUAUUUGCAUUCUCGUUUACUUGAAAGAGCUGCUAAGAUGAAUAAAACUCAUGGUGCUGGUUCUCUUACUGCUCUACCUGUUAUAGAAACAUAAGCUGGUGACGUUUCUGCUUAUAUUCCCACUAAUGUCAUUUCGAUUACUGAUGGAUAAAUUUUCUUAGAAACUGAACUUUUCUACAAAGGUAUUAGACCAGCUAUUAAUGUAGGUCUUUCUGUAUCUAGAGUCGGAUCUGCUGCUUAAAUUAAAGCUAUGAAAAAAGUCGCUGGUUCAUUGAAAAACAGACUUGCUUAAUAUAGAGAAUUAGCUGCUUUUGCUUAAUUUGGUUCUGAUUUAGAUGCCCACACCUAAUCUGAAUUGAAUAGAGGUGAAAAACUUACUGAAUUAUUGAAAUAAAAAUAAUAUUAACCUAUGAAAGCUGAAGAAUAAGUCUGUGUUAUAUUUGCUGGUGUCAAUGGCUAUUUGGACAAUCUUUAAACUUUCGAAAUCCGUCACUUUGAAAGUAAAUUCCUUGAACAUAUAAGAAGUAACCAUGCUUCUCUCUUAUAAAGAAUCAGAGAAACUGGAGAUUUGAAAGACGGUGAUGUUGCUGAACUUAAAACAGCUAUACCACUUUUCAUUUAAGAAGGUGGAUUUAAGACAAAGAUCUAGUGAAGAAAAAUUAAAAUAAUUUUUUAUUUUUUAUUUUUUUUAUUUUGCAAAGAUAGAAUAAUUUAAAAAUAUU